GAUUAUGUAAACCUGUAGAAUAUUUUCAAUCAUCUAAAAAUAAUGAUAUUUAUGGUGUUUUACCAUUUGUAGUACCUGAAGUUUUAAGAGGUCAACCUUAUACUUUAGCUAGUGAUAUUUAUAGCUUUUCUAUGAUUAUGUGGGAAUUAAUAUCUGGAAUUCCUCCAUUUGAUAUGAAUGCAAAACUUUACAAGUGGAAUCGUAGAAAAAAUGCAACAGGAGUAAUAGGAAGGCUAUAUAUGGUUCAACCUAUAGAAGAACAAUUAUGGAAUACUCAUAAAUUAGCAUUAUGUGAAGAUAUUUUAUAUAAUGUAGAACAACUUACUCCUUCACAAACUAUUAUAUUAAAUGAUACAAUAGAAAAUGAAGCAUUAAACCAAAUAGAACAUUAUCUUCAAUCAAAUGGAAUGUCGCUAAAAAAUUUUCCUCAUAUGCCAAUUCCUUCAAUACAAAAUAUUCAUUCUAACUUUGCUAAUAAUAAUUUAGAUCAAUUAAUUUAUGAAGAAAGAUCAUAUGAUACCAUUUAUUUGAUAGAACAAGUAUGUCAAAAUGUUCCUUUAUUGAAUAAAAAACAGCAUUUAAUAUAUAACAAAAUUAUUCAAGCAAUUAAUAAUGAAUAUUUGAUUGAAAAUUCUGAUAAUGCUAAUUAUAUGGUUAGUAAAGCAAUCUUAACUCCUAAAAAUAUCAAUGUUGAAAUUAUUUCAGAUAUUAUAAUGAAAAGAAUACCUGAUGAAGUUAUUUUAUAUCCCAGUGCUGAUUUAGUAAAUUUACCAGAUGAUA